AUGCACGUUGGUCAAGUCACUGAAGGGGGGUUGAAUCCUCCUUGUAUCGAUGAGCUUACCAUGAUUCUGAAUGGUGUUACAACACCCGAGGAGUAUGGAAAGAUGGUGCCUUGGGAGGCUGAUGCCUUCUCGGAUGAAGCAGGAUGGAUUUAUGAAGGUAUACAGUUCUGGGAAAUCCCACAAGAUAAGUUGACCAGCAGUGACUAUCCCGUUCAGCUAGAGCCAGUUUUGAAGACUGGCAUUGAUGAGUUGGGCCACACCUCCAUGGCGAUCAUGGCUCUCGAGGCACCAUACAAAGUCCCCUUUGACCUUGACCUUAAUCGUCUGACUUCCCUCCUCAAGGCACAUAUGUCAGCAAUGGAAGAUCAUAUUUGGUAUCUACGCGAGGACCCGGAAUAUUUCAGAGUCGAGAUGCUCGAGAAAAUGGACCAUUCUUAUGAAUCCGUGCCCGAUGAAAAGGGCAAACCUCACCCUCUUGCUCACAAGGUGAACGAGGAAAAACUCUGGGGCUCGAUGAUUAUGACUCGACUGUACCGGCAAGCACGAAAGUUGGCUGAGCUUCAGAGGGAGUACAAAGACGAGAUCAAGCUCACCGAGGAGCUCCCUCACGAAUACAAGGAGGCUCUCUUUUACUUCCUAUAUUGUCUGCGGCAGGCGACAAACGACGCGAUAAAAAUGUUUACAGUCGAGUUCGAAUGUUCCUAUCCAUUGAAGAAAUGGUGCUAUUACCGAUUCACUUGGCCCUUCGAAGAAGACGGCUGCUCCGUGUAUGAUGGUCGUCCGCGCAGUUUUUAUACUGAAGACCAAAAUUCACUACUAUACCUCAAGGAGAUGUUGGGCUUGGACGAAGAAUCGUGGAUAAGGCAAUCCACCAUGAUUGAUGAGCUCGAACGCCUUUUGAAGACCACGCCUGAGGUGGACAAACUCAUCUCCGCUCGAGUCUACAAGGAUCUGAGUUACUUGUCUGAACACGAGAAGCGGUUGAAGCCAUUGAGAGAUUUUGGAACAAUAAUUCGAGGAGGACGAAUCCCCGUGGCUCCAUUGGGCCGGAUCGCUAAUCCAACCGGUGGAAAGUUUAAAUACCCGUAUGAAAAACGUCGAACCAAGGACACGGUACACGCUUUACGACAGGCUGAGGCGAAUCUGGAUAUCGUUUGGGCCGAGCUUGAACGAUUGAAAGAAGCCAACGUGACCCAAUUCAGAGACCUUGCCCUCUAUCGUCUGCUUUCCCAGCCUCGCAGUCUGCGAAUGACGGCAGAGUGGGUAGAGCCCGAGCAGUCGAACAAAAAGGGACAGCCUAGUACUGACUAUGACCUCUGGUUUCUUAACCGCCCACUAUCCAACUUGUUCCUGGGUGAGUCCGAGCAACCAACUCAAAAGAUUGACAAGACUACAAAAAAGAUGAAAGCCAAGACCAAGGGCGAACCAUCAAAGACACAAAACGGCGACACACGCACUGUUGAAGUCCCGGAGCCUGAAACUGUUGAUCAGCAGCCAACAUUCGCAGUAGACGCACGAGCCCUCAAAGUCUUCCGCACUUUGUUCUUCAACCCUGAUGUAACAAGCACCCCUGGUGAAAUCGCAUGGAACGACUUUCUUCACGCCAUGGGCUCAACAGGCUUUCAGAUGGAGAAGCUGUAUGGUUCUGUAUGGAAUUUCCAACCGACUGAGCUGGAUGUUGAACGAGGUAUUCACUUCCAUGAACCGCAUCAAAAAGGAAAAAUUGAUUUCCAAAUCGCUAGACGACAUGGACGGAGACUUGCGAGGACUUAUGGCUGGCAUGGUGAAAUUUUCACUCUCAAGAAGAAAUAG